AACUCAAGAUGAAUGAAGAGUCUAAGAAUGGAACAUAAAUUGGUUGAAGUUUCUCCGAUCAGCUUUUGUCACCGGAGUUUUGCCGGAGCUCUGACGGAGACGUGUGCUUGCCAGGAUUUCGUAAUCUGAACACAGAGCUAUCGAUCAAUAAUACGUUACUCAGCUCGUUCCCGUAUACUUUGGAACGAAAAAAUGGUGCAGUUCUCUUCUAUUUUCACUGGCUUUACAAAAUCUAUAGCAAUCAGAAAUGGGAAGAAAAGUAAACGUGAUCAUGUCGGAAGGGAAACUGCGGAUGCACUGGCUAAGGAAGCUAAAAAGAACGAGAUGAUGUUAACGUCAUCUAACAAUUUGGCUGUUGUUUUCUCUAAAGGAGGGAAAAAGGGUAUCAAUCAGGAUAGAUUUGUUGUGUGGGAGGACUUUGGAUGCCAAGAUGAUAUGAUCUUCUGUGGGGUGUUUGAUGGGCAUGGUCCUUGGGGUCAUUUUGUUGCUAAAAGAGUCAGAAAACUGAUGCCACCAGCUUUGCUUCGUAAUUGGCAGAAACGGGUUGAUGGUACUGAUGGGAUAGAUAGAAGUUGUUUCCAGUUUGACAUUUGGAAGCAGUCCUAUUUUGAGACUUGUUCCAUCAUCGAUCAAGAGCUCGAGCAGUAUGCUGACUCUUUCUACAGUGGUACCACAGCUUUAACGCUCGUUAGACAGGGUGAUUUGCUGGUAGUUGCAAACGUUGGAGAUUCUCGAGCUGUAUUAGCAACAACAGAUGAUGAUGGUAGAUUAGUAUCAGUUCAGCUCACCGAUGACCUCAAACCCAACUUACCUCGGGAAAGCGAGCGAAUAAUGCAGUCAAGAGGGACAGUGUUGUCGUGCGAGGAUGAGCCAGGAGUGUACAGAAUAUGGAUGCCCACAGUUGAAGGACCAGGAUUAGCAAUAUCAAGAGCCUUUGGUGAUUACUACAUAAAGGACUUUGGCCUUAUUUCUGAACCAGAAUUGACAUCCAGAAACAUAACACUUAGAGAUCAGUUUACCAUCUUGGCAACAGAUGGAGUUUGGGAUGUGAUGUCAAACGAAGAAGCAGUGGAGAUAGUUUCUUCAACAGAAGAAAGGGAAGAGGCAGCUAAGAGGCUGGUGGAAAGUGCUAUUUGGGCGUGGAAACGCAAACGAAGGGGCGUUCCCAUGGAUGAUAUCUCAGCAAUUUGCCUCUUCUUUCAUAACAUUCCUCCUUCAAAACAACAAAAAUUCGAGAACAAGCUUACAUGAACUACCAGCUGACUUCAGUUGCUGCCUUUUUUUUUU